CUCUUCUGACCGGUUUUUUUUUUUUUUUUUUUAAGAUCCUGAAAGGAUUGUACCCCCAAAUUUCAUCACAAACCUCUGUUUCUUCUACUGCAACGAGAUCUGUGAUUCGAGUUCAUUAAUCAUGGAUCUGAAUCCGCCUCCAGGAGAAAACUAUGCAAACCCAAGGAUAUGCUUAUUUCAUGUGCUUUUCAAGGCUGGAGCGUUAGCGUUUUACAUAUUAUCAGCCCUCUUUUUCGAUAGUUUCGUCAUAAUAUUUGUGGUUACUGUUCUUCUGUCUGCUCUUGAUUUUUGGGUGGUGAAAAAUGUCAGUGGUCGAAUCUUAGUUGGUUUGAGGUGGUGGAAUGAAAUUGAUGACAAUGGCGAGAGUGUGUGGAAAUUUGAAUGCCUUGACCAAGAGUCGCUGGCUCGUAUGAACAAAAAGGAUUCAUGGCUGUUCUGGUGGACUCUUUACUUGACUGCGGUUAUAUGGAUCUUCUUUGGAAUAUUCUCUCUAAUAAGGUUCCAAGCCGAUUAUCUCCUUGUCGUUGGAGUUUGCUUGACCCUCAGCAUUGCAAAUAUAGUUGGCUUUACAAAAUGCCGUAAAGAUGCAAAGAAGCAGAUUCAACAAUUUGCCUCCCAGACUAUCGCGAACCGGUUCUCAUCUACAAUACAAUCUGCUUUUAGCGUGGUGUGAUUUUGGUACAUAAAGAACAUGGUUUGUUAUGUAUGGCAUUAUUGAGUGUCAAAACUGUCGAGUGAGUCCUUGAAUAUUACCUAUAUUUUUAUUCGUUUCAAACCAGAUAUCCUAACUUGCAAACAUUUAAAAUCGUGUAACGCUAACAUGGCCCCUUUAAAUUAUUUAUCUAAACAUAUCAAACGUGAUGAGUA